AUGAUUGCGAUUUCAAAAAAAGCCAUAAGCUUGGAGUGGAAACAACUUUUGCAGUCAUUACAAAUUCUGGAACUCGUAAAUUUAUUUUGCUUCAAGGCAAUUUCAAGAUCUGUGGAAGUGCAGGUUGCCUAUCAAAAUUGUAGAACCACAUUUUUAACUGUUGUACCACCAAUCCCAUUCUACCAUCAAACUGGUUUUUAUGGUAUAAAUUUCAUUUUUUUUCCUGACCAAAAAACAACUGAAGGGAAUCAAAUCCGAUUCAAACUAAAAUUCUUCACUUUUCUAGCAUUUUUUUACCAAAUUACUAUCAGUGCAAGUAAUUUGAGGUGCAAAGAACAUCCGUCUAGUAUGCAUGUAUACAGUCUUAGUGAUAAAGUGCUGCCACACUUUUCCAUUUACUCAAUUGUACAAAUGUUCACAUAUGCAAACAAUUUUGCUGGUUCUCAAAGUACUUCCACAACUACAUACUUGUAUGCACUCACAUUCAUUAUUGCAAAAUGCAUGCAAAUAUAUUUACACGAAUAUAAACACUUAUCUCACCGCUAA